AUGCUGAAGCGCGACACAGCCUAUCUGCUGUUCUUCGUAACCCACCUGCCUAUCAUCUUCCUCAUUGACACAGUCCCUCUCCAACCCGCCUCCCUCCAAACCAAUCUCUCCCACACUCUCCGCCAAUUCUACAUAGACACCUACCAUGACAAAUUCUUCGAAGAUCCCGCACCCACGUGGUUCACCGUCUUCAUCUGGAUGGAACUGAUAUACCAUGUUCCCGCGUCCAUUUGGGCGGUGCGGGGAUUAUUGACCGACCACCCCCUCCUCCCAGUCCACCUCCUCAUAUUCGGCAUCCAAGCCUUCAUCACGUCUCUGACAUGUCUAGUGGAUGUGUGGAGCUGGACGGACCGGUCCACAGACCAGAAAUGGCAGAUCACGACUCUUUAUGGGCCUUAUGUGCUGUUGGGUGCUUAUAUGGCGUUGGAUAUGGUGUUCCGGUUACGGGACAGACUGGUUCAGAAGAAGAAGUCGGAAUGA